AUGGAGCCUGACAGGCCAGGGAGGGCGCGCACUCGUUCGGGGGACAGCCUCGGCAAGCAGAAGCCCUCGAACAGCAACGCGCAGACCGAGGAGGAGGCGCGGGAGGAGCGCAUCGACAAGCUCCAGUCGAUCCUGGACAAGCAUCACGUGACCAUCGUGUCCAAGGACAGCCUGGCGAUCCUGGAGGACUACAAGUUCGUAGUCAUCUGCGACGACUCCGAGAGCAUGAGGAUGUCCGCCAAACCUAAAGAGGAAAGGAGGCUCGGCGAGAAGCCACUCACUCGAUGGCACGAGUUGCAGGAGGGCGUCAGCCUGUUGGUGGACCUGCUGACCUGCUUCCAGCCAGAAGGCCUGGACCUGUACUUCCUCAACGCUGGCACUGUUAGAUCGGUCAAGUCUUCUGGGAACGAGAAGCUCCAGAACAUUUUUCAGGCCGGGCCGAUCGGCAAGACGCCGCUGACGAAGAGGCUCAAGGAGGCGGCCGUCGACCAUUCGGCAAAGUCGGAACUGCCGACCAUCAUGUUCAUUUUCACGGACGGAGAGCCAGAUGGGGGGCCCAAGAAGUUCGUCAAAACGCUGACCGAGUUGGUUUCAAAUUCAGGCUCCUUCAAGAAGACAUCACAGUACAGAGUUCAGAUCAUGGCCUGCAGCAACAACGACGAGGAGAUCGCAUGGCUGAGUGAAAUCGACCAGCAAUCGGAUUACAUCGAUGUGACGGACGACUACUACAACGAGAAGAGAAGGGUCAUGGAGAUCAAGGGAGACGACUACGCGUUCACAAGAAGUGAUUGGCUUGUGAAGGCGAUCCUCGGUCCAGUGGACCAGUCUGUGGACGACGUGAAUGAAGGCAAAAUGAAGCGGGCGCUCCAGGGCAUGCUGGGCACCCGGUCAACACAUGCGGCCACCGCCAAAAACUCGGUCAAAGAGCAGCCGGAUGCUGGCGGCGGCAUCUGCAGCGCGUGCGUGAUGCAGUGA